UGGAGAUGCGUGGAGGCUGAAACGGGCUCCACCAAUGCCCUGCGAGUGUCCCUUCCGCUCGUGGGUUGAAGGGGGAAGGCAGAUCCUCCCAUGGAAUGACGAACCUGUCAAGAGGUGCUCAACAUCUCGCGGAUCCGACCAUGACAGAGGGUGAGCAUGACCAUUCGGCGGCGCCCUAUUUUUUGUCUGCACCUGAGGAUGACUUCGGCCACGUGUUCGAGACUAAGACCCGGGGCCGAGAGAGGCCCUUUCCUUCGACUCUUUUGACACUUUGCUCUUCGCCCUGUCGGGGGAGGUGAUAAGGCCAUUCUAUUCCUCUCUUGGCUAGCCUUCACGCGCCGCUGGAGCACCAUCC